AUGUGCGGCGAGAGAGGCCAGUCAUUCUAUGAGCGCACUGGCUUUUGCUCAAAUCCUGGCGACGCAACCAAGAUAAUGGAGAACUGUCUGAAGGUUGUCAAGUCACUACCGAGUGACCCAGUGAGACUCUUACAGAAACACUAUCUUGUGGUGGCAAAUGCGCACAAGUUUGGGGCUACGUCCACCGUGGAUAUCGAGGCCAUACCUAAAGACCUCUUUGACCUUGUGAUGGUUGACGAAGCGCAUCACUAUCCGGCUCAUACCUGGAAGAGAAUCAUCGACCACUUCAAAGUUGGAUGCAAGAAGGUAUUCUUCACCGCAACUCCAUACCACAGAGGCAAAAAUAUUGUUGGUAAAUCAAUGGAGGAACAACUUUCUCGUUAUACCGCCUACCAACUUUUGCGUGAGGAUGCUGUCGCCGCUGGAACAUUGCGUCCCUUGGAGUUCAGGGAGGUUGGCAACAAGAAGGAUAACGAUGAUGAAGUUACCCGAAUCACUCUAGUAGUCAAUAAGAUUAGUUCCAUUCUUAUGGAGCACGACAAGAUUGAUACCUCAUUCAAGCACCAGGCAAUGAUCUUGUGCGGCCUCGUCUCGGAGGUCGACACUGUGGUCAGUGAGAUCAACAAAAUGUUCCAACCUGAGAUUGCCGCUGUUGCCUUCCACGGUCAAACCAGUAAUGACGGCUUCGAUUACUUCCGUCACAAAAAGGGCUCAACCUACCUCGUUGUGUGUGGAAAAGCGAGAGAAGGUUUCGACCACAAUGAGGUCAGUGUAGUCGGCAUCCUUCGCUCUGUCUCCUCCUCUGUCCUGUUCAGCCAGUUCGUUGGCCGAAGUGUCCGCCGUCGCAGAUCUAAUGACACAGUCACUGCCAUUGUUGUCUCACAUGCCUACCACAAUCAAAGGAAGAACUUUGAACAGAUGGACGAGCUCGUGGAAUCCGAUCCAAUUGAUGAUGAAGACGAUGAUAAAUAA